GCAUCCUCGAUCUGUUGCAUUGGAAGAAGAAAGAUAUUACAUUGUGUCAGUAAUAAAUUAACCACAUUUUAGGGUGCUCAUACAGGAGGGGACCAUGGUAGAGCUGGAGAAGGAGGUGCUCCCGCUGCCUCCACGGUACCGGUUCCGAGACCUGUUGCUGGGUGACUGGCAAGCUGAUGACAGGGUGCAGGUAGAAUUCUAUGUGAAUGAAAACACUUUCAAGGAGCGCCUCAAGCUGUUCUUCAUCAAAAACCAAAGAUCCAGUCUGAGGGUGAGGCUGUUCAACUUCUCUCUGAAAGUAUUGAGCUGUCUCCUCUACAUGGUCAGAGUCCUACUGGACGACCCACAGGAGGAGAGACAGGACUGUCUGGACUGUUCCAAACAGAAUGCAUCGGUCCACCCCAGCAGGACCCAGUUUGACUGGUCUCUUAUUAUCUGGGUGAAUAGGCCUCUGCCUCUGUGGGCUCUACAGGUGCUUGUAGCUUUCAUCAGCUUUUUCGAGACCAUGUUGCUUGUGUACCUCAGCUACAAGGGCAACAUUUGGGAGCAAGUGUUGCGUGUUCCCUUCAUCCUGGAGAUGAUCAGCGCUGUUCCCUUUGUGAUCACUGUGAUUUUGCCCUCCCUCAGAAAUCUGUUCAUCCCUGUGUUUCUCAACUGCUGGCUGGCCAAACAUGCCUUGGAGAACAUGAUAAAUGAUCUGCACCGGGCCAUCCAGCGUACACACUCAGCUAUGUUCAACCAGGUCCUCAUCCUCAUCUGCACCCUGGUCUGCCUCAUGUUCACCUGUAUAUGUGGGAUCCAGCACCUAGAGCGAGCAGGAAACAACCUGACUCUGUUUGACUCGCUCUACUUCUGCGUGGUCACCUUCUCUACUGUGGGCUUCGGUGAUGUCACGCCCCAGAUAUGGCCUUCUCAGCUGCUAGUGGUCAUCAUGAUCUGUGUGGCGCUCAUCGUGCUUCCCAUACAGUUUGAGCAGCUGGCCUUCCUGUGGAUGGAGCGCCAGAAGUCUGGGGGGAACUACAGCCGAUACCGGGCCCAGACGGAGAAGCACGUGGUGCUGUGUGUCAGCUGCCUCAAGAUAGACCUCCUCAUGGACUUCCUCAACGAGUUCUUCGCUCACCCCAGACUGCAGGACUACUACGUGGUGAUCCUGUGCCCAGCAGAGAUGGAUGUACAGGUACGGAGGGUCCUCCACGUGCCCCUGUGGGCACAAAGGGUCAUCUACCUGCAGGGCUCCGCCCUCAAGGACCAAGACCUCAUGAGGGCCAAGAUGGACGAUGCUGAGGCCUGUUUUAUCCUCAGUAACCGAUUCGAGGUGGACCGCUUCGCUGCUGAUCACCAGACCAUUCUAAGAGCCUGGGCGGUGAAAGACUUUGCCCCAAACUGCCCCCUGUAUGUCCAGAUCCUCAAACCUGAGAACAAGUUCCACGUCAAGUUUGCAGAUCAUGUGGUGUGUGAAGAGGAGUUUAAGUAUGCCAUGCUGGCCCUGAACUGUGUGUGUCCUGCUACCUCCACCCUCAUCACCCUGUUGAUCCACUCCUCUAGAGGACAGGAGGGCGGGGCAUGCUCAGCUGACCAGUGGCAGCGCACCUACCGCCGCUGCUCGGCCAAUGAGGUGCAUCACAUUUGUCUGGAGGAGAGCAAGUUCUUUGGGGAGUACCAGGGGAAGAGUUUCACCUUCGCCUCCUUCCACGCACACAAGAAGUAUGGUGUGUGUCUGAUCGGAGUGCGGAGGCUGGAAAAUGCCAACAUCCUGCUGAACCCAGGUCCCGGCCACAUCAUGGGCGGCUCAGACACCUGCUUCUACAUCAACAUUUCCAAGGAGGAGAACUCAGCUUUCGUCAGGGGCCAUAGAGAGCCCACGCGGGGGGGCCCCAAGGGCAGUGACAGGGGGGUGGGGCCCCAGACCAUCUACCAUGGACUCACCAGACUGCCUGUCCACAGCAUCAUCGCCAGCAUGGGCACGGUGGCCAUUGACCUGCAGGACUCCAGUGGCAGGGCCAGCCGGACAGAGGGGGGGUUGGGGGGCGCUAACACCCUGGCCCUCCCAGCCACAGCAGACUCUGCCGAGGAGAGACGCCACAGCAUUGCCCCUGUCCUGGAGCUGGUGGACGGGGUCAACUCAGCAACCUUCGACCCGCUGGGGGACCAAUCAGAGGACGAGGGCGGGGACGAGGGGAUGUGUGUGUGCAGGUGGGUGAAGGGGUACCCGCUGAACUCUCCGUACAUUGGCAGUUCCCCUGCCUUGUGUCACCUGCUGCAGGAAAAAAUGCCCUUCUGCUGCCUGCGCCUGGACAAGGCCUGCCACCACAUCCCGUUCGAGGACGCUCGGUCGUACGGCUUUAAGAACAAGCUGAUCAUCGUGUCGGCGGAGAGUGCAGGAAACGGCCUGUACAACUUUAUCGCGCCCCUGAGGGCUUACUACCGCCCCAAGAAAGAGCUCAACCCCAUCGUGCUGCUACUGGAGAACAUACCCGAGCCAGACUUCCUGGAGGCUAUCUGCUGGUUCCCCAUGGUGUUCUACACAGUGGGCUCCAUUGACAACCUGGACAGUCUGCUGCGUUGUGGGGUGACGUUUGCUGACACCAUGGUGGUGGUUGACAAGGAGAGCUCCAUGAUCGCUGAGGAGGACUACAUGGCCGACGCCAAGACCAUAGUCAACGUCCAGACCCUCUUUAGACUGUUCCCAGCCCUCAGCAUCAUCACUGAGCUCACCCACCCAGCCAACAUGCGCUUCAUGCAGUUCAAAGUCAAAGACCAUUACUCCCUGGCUCUCUCCAAGCUGGAGAAGAAAGAGAGAGAGAGAGGCUCCAACCUGGUCUUCAUGUUUCGUCUACCCUUCGCUGCUGGGAAGGUGUUCAGUGUCAGCAUGCUGGAUACUCUACUGUAUCAGUCCUUUGUGAAGGACUACAUGAUUUCCAUCACCAGACUGUUGCUGGGACUAGACUCCAUGCCUGGCUCAGGCUUCCUCUGUGCUAUGAAGAUCACUGAGGAGGACCUGUGGAUCCGCACCUAUGGUCGACUCUACCAGAAACUGUGCUCCUCCACUGGUGACAUCCCCAUCGGCAUCUACCGCACUGAAGCCCAAAAGUUACCAGUCUCUGAGGUACCUUCCCAGGUGUCCAUCACAGUGGAGGACUACGAGGACACCAGAGAGCCCAGAGAGCCCCUGCUGUCCCGGAGGGGUCCCCACCGCAACUCCACCUCUUCCGAGCCCCCCUCCACUUCCUCCCACUCCUCGGACCACCCCCUCCUCCGGCGGAAGAGCAUGCAGUGGGCCAGAAGGCUAAGCAGGAAGGGGGGUCGGGGGCCCAGCGGGUCGAAGGGGGUCACAGGAAGUGCUGCGGAGAGGAUCAGCCAGCAGAGACUGACCCUGUUCAGACGCUCUGAGAGACAGGAGCUCAACUCUCUGGUCCGCACACGCAUGAAACACCUGGGCCUCUCAGCCACAGGAUUCAAUGGGAUGACGGACCAGGGCAACAGGUUGUCUUACAUCCUCAUCAACCCCUCUCCUGACACCAGGCUGGAGCUGCACGAUGUGGUGUACUUGAUCAGACCAGACCCUCUGUCUCUGUUGCCUAACCAGGGGGGCACUAGGAAGGUCAGCAACAGCUGCUCCGAGGGCCACAGGUUCCACACACAGAACAGCACCCAUUUGUGAGCAUAGACAACAGAACUCAGCAGCAUAGGGGGAGUGGAGAGAGAAACGAGAGAGAGACAGAGAGAAAUGAGAGAGAGACAGAGCGAGGGAGAGAAAGAGAGAGAGAGACAGAAAGAGGGGGGGGAUAUACUAUAGGGAAGGACACGUGUUCCACAUCUACUCUGAACAGACAGUCACAGCUGUCACGUUGUUUUGUAUUCAGAAACUCUCAAAUGGACCUUUUCUACGAGCUGGUUUGUUUCAUUUAUGCACCGUUUCAUUUUUGAAGUGGAGAGCUGGGGACACAGAAGUGCAUUCAAUGACCUUGUAUUUGUAUUUAUGUAUGUGCAUGUACUGUGUGUAUGUUAUGAGCCAGACACUGACAUUUAUAUCUGGACAGCCAAAGGAACUCAUUUCCAAAUGACUGUUAUUUUUCUGUCUCUAUGUGGUUGUGUGUGUCGAGGUGAUUGCAGCCGAGCCAACAGUAUGCUGAUCUGGGGUUUCAUGAAUAUUUUCUGUACCUUUUUAUCUGAUCGUACUGUUACUUUAACUCUCCGUCAGUUCCCAUGUUCCUCUUUUAGCUCAGCAGCAGAGGAAGCCAAAGAGCAGUGAUCACCUGUCAAUUUCCACAAUUAGAGAGCUAGCAGGCAUACACUAAUGCUGGAUAAUCUACAACACCAUUUACUGUCUUCAGAAAGAAAGGGAAAAGCUUUGAAGGAGUGACCCAGUCGAUGAGUAUCUCUUGAACAAAGCUAAUAUUCGUUUACUGAUUCAUGUAACUUUAUGGAUAGUUCUAAGUGGCCAAGGCCAGCUUUUCUGUCUCUGUUAAUUAGUUAGUUAGUUAUUGAGUCAGUGUUUACCCUUCCCCACGUCUCCUCAACCAGCUCACUAUUCUAUUAUUGUCAUGCAUGUUGGAGAGUCAUGCAUGUGGAGACCAAGGUCUUGAAAGCCGUGUGAAUCUUUGUCUGAAACCCAGCAGAGGUUUAUCAGAGAUGGUGGCGCCACCGUGUGGUGAGAAUGCUGUUCAGCAUCCCUGCACUAGAAGUGCCCUCAUUCAGUGCUGUUUCAACAGAUAUGGAAAUAUGUAUAUAUUAAAGUUGCUAUACAUCUACA